AUGAAGGCUAUUAGGCGAUCCUUGAAGGGGGAGAAAGAGAAACAUCACCAUAUCUCCAUUACACCCAAGUCCGCCAUUGCCAUCUUGCCCCCGAAAAAAGUAAUCAAAGCCCUUUACGACUAUACCCCCGAAGGGACCACCCAGGAAUUGGCAUUCAGCAAGGGAGAUUUCUUUCACGUUAUCAGCAGGGAGGACGACUUAGAUUGGUACGAAGCGUGCAAUCCGCUGAUCCCUAGUGCGAGGGGGCUCGUGCCCGUCUCCUUUUUUGAGGUUAUCGGCAAAAACGAGAGGGAUAGUGGGGGUUCCGGCGAUUUGUCCAACGACUCUGGAUUCUCCGACCGUCUUCCUGACUCUACCCACCUCCCCAAGAACGGCGCAUUCAGAAUGUCUGCUCUAAAAGGCCAGGGCGCCAUGGUUUAUGGUGUUGUGCAAUACGAUUUUCAGGCUGAGCGACCCGAUGAAUUGGACGCCAAGGCUGGUGAGGCGAUUAUCGUCAUUGCUCAGUCCAACCCGGAGUGGUUUGUCGCGAAACCUAUCGGUCGUCUCGGCGGUCCUGGUUUGAUUCCCGUCUCUUUUAUUGAGUUGCGCGAUAUGCAGAGCAAUCAGGCUGUGACUGAUCCGUUGGACGCGGUGCGACGCGCCGGUGUUCCCAAAGUGGAGGAGUGGAAGAAGAUGACCGCCGAGUACAAGAACAGCAGUAUCACACUCGGCAAGAUCGAGGGCCACGGUGGUGGCCAAAUGAUGGCUGUCAACUCCGGCAUGGACAAAAUGUCCAUGAGCCACCCAGGCCACCAGUCUCAGUCGAGUCAGAAUGGCAACGGUUAUGACCACCAACGCAAUGCCAGCCGAGGAACUCUGUCGCAAGCACCCGCUCAACAGGGCUACCCCCUUCUCAUUCCCAUCUCGGCCUAUAUUCCGCGCUACUGUUUCGACAACGACAAAUACUGGUACAUUAUCGAGGCGAAGAUGGAAGACGGUCGCUGCUGGGAAUUAUCGCGUUACUACCACGAUUUCUACGAUUUCCAAAUCGCCCUUCUGACCCAAUUCGAAGACGAAGCGGGCAACCGUGGCCGCGCACGCACACUCCCAUUCAUGCCCGGCCCCGUUACCCACGUAACCGACGCGAUCUCCAACGGCCGUCGACAAAACCUCGACGAAUAUAUCAAGAAGCUCCUUUCGAUGCCCCCACACAUCUCCCGCUGCAGCCUUGUGCGCGAACUCUUCGCGCCCCGCGAAGGCGACUUCGAAAUCGACCCCGCCGCCUUCGGUGAGGAUACCCGAUACUCCGAUGCUUCCCAUCAGUCUGGUGGUGUCGAAUCGACGCAAAGCGUGUCUCGGCAAUCCUCACAGCAACAGAUCCACGCGUCCACAGACCGUAUUUCGCAAUCGCAACAGCGCGCACCACCAUCCCAACAAGCCAAGCCCCCCAUGAACCGCCAAGCCAGUUCCCUCACUCAAGCCUCCGGCGCUUCAGCCAAUAGCGCGAUGAAAGUCAAGGUAUUCUUCCAAGACGACCUGAUUGCCAUCCGCAUCCCAUCCGGCGUAAGCAUGCAACAUCUUAAAGACAAGCUUUCGGACCGGUUGAAGAUCCAGGAAGAAAUCGUCGUGCAGUACCGUGAUGAGUCGUCUGGCUCUUAUAUCGAUCUCAAUACCGAUCAGGACCUAGAGAGUGCCAUGCAGCGAAACGUCAAGCUGACGCUCUUCGUCAACAUCGCAUAA